AUGGAAAUGGUUAUCGGAAACAAAAGAGUUAAAACACAUUUCCCACCGACACCUACCAUUUCAGGAUUUGUUGCGCUUCUCAAAGCUCUACACCGUAAUUGGUCUCCUGCUGCCAUAAGAUCAGCCAUUGUUACUACAGCUUGGAGAACAGAUCCAUUUGGAGAGCAGAUUAUUGCAGAAGGGUCGCCUCGGAAGCUAGCUGAUCCAUUCGACUACGGUGGAGGCCUUGUGAAUCCAGAGAAAGCUACAAAACCUGGUCUGGUAUACGACUUGGGACUCGAAGACUAUGUACUCUACAUGUGCUCUGUUGGUUUGAACAGCUUGUCGGUAAAGGAACAGUCUGUUCAAAUCCCAAACAAGUUGUUCUUGAUUUCAACUUAGCUUCCAUCACAAUCCCCAACCUCAAAGAUGAAGUUACUCUCACCAGAACCCUCACUAACGUUGGACCACUUGAGUCGGUCUAUAAAGUAACGGUAGAGCCGCCAUUGGGCAUCCAAGUAACUGUGAUCCCGGAGACGCUAUGUCUCUACAUUCCUAAAUUUCUUAUCAUGCUUCUUUUAACACAGGUUACUACUUUGGAAGCUUGACUUGGAAUGGCAAUCUGGCCUCUGCAUAAUGUAACCAUUCCUUUGUCUGUGCGAACGCAAAUUGUGCCUUACUACUACGAUGAGAAUUAAACAAACAAAAAACAUAAUACUAACCAUUUGUAACUUGUU